AUGAGCAUCCGCCACGCUGCCUGUGAACCUUGUCGACGGGCCAAGUUGGCUUGCGGACACGAGCGGCCCACUUGUGCCCGAUGCCGCGGCCGUGAUCAGAUUGAUCUCUGUGUGUAUCGAGCUCGCCCAUUCCGUAGGAAAAGUCACAGUGAUCGUAUCCGAGAGCGAAGUGCAAGGCAAUCCGUCCGUGUGGAAGCCCUGACCACUCCGCCCUUGGACACUUCGCCGAUUUCAGAGGUUCUGGGUGCUUCCUCAGCUGGUCCUCGUCGGUACCCCAAUCCCGGUUACCUUGGAGAUGUUAGUCACGCAACCAUAUUUAACCAGCAUGAUGAGUCUGUGCAGCCGCCAAUACCUAGUCCUCCGGCGGACACAUUCAUCGAUCAGGCAACGUUUGAUAGAGCCAAUCAUGCGUUGAGCCUCCUGGAUCAACUGCAAGUCUCUGGGUUGGCAUCUCUGAUACGAUUCUGGCUCAAGAAGGGAGUUAGCCUCGCACUAGGGGAGCCUUUCGUCGAGACAGCAAGGGUCCUGCUAGAGAACACCCACAGGCCUAUUAGAGUUCACAGACACUCCACCCCCUCAGAGUACCUUUCGCAGAUGUCUGGUAGGAAUAUCCGCUGGGAAAGUCUUGGCAUAUUCCUUGCUGCUGCAAGCCGAGCUGCUUUGGACACAUCUUCCUUUGGUCCACUUUAUAACAGCGACGAGGGACGUCGCGGGCUUAUCAAAGCUUUGACAUACAUUGGAGACUGUUGCUUGGAGACGUGCCUCGCGUUGGACUGCCUGAACGAUUUACAACUCGUCUUGCAGUAUGAGAAUCUAAUUGUCCACUCGCAAGUCGACGGUGAUCAGAGCUACCACUCUUGGCGGCGGAUGGGAGAUGUUGCAAGCUCGCUAUUUGCCCUUGGCUAUCAUGAAAAAAUCGACGAAGACUCUUACAACAUUCCCUUGUUUGUCGCUGAAUUGCGCAGAUCCUGUUUCGCUCGCAUCUACGCAGCGGACAAGAGCUUAGCCAUCUUCCUAGGGCGUCCCCCACGAAUCAUGAAAGAAUUUUGCUAUUUCCAGCUUCCUACCAAGUUUGUGAGCGUCUGGGAAGAGCCCGAUAACAUGGAAAAGAGCGGCGGCAGUCCGAUAUCGUCCCCCAUGAUAACAGGUCGAGAGCGAGACGUCGAGGAGCACAACAGUGAACAAGUCUUGAACUACACUUCCGAUACGUUUUGUUCGGCCUUGUUCGCAGUCAUCAAAGAAGAGGUCCUUCAGCUCUUUCGCAAGCGCCAGGCUUCUGGCGAAACCGCCAUCAUCAAGUUACGUCACAGCGAACUUCGUCUAAAGAUUGACCAACAAUGGCAAGACUUGCCUCCUCACUACCGCCUCACCACAAGCCUUAAAGACUGUCCUCUUGGGCCCUUUGCAAGAGAUUUUCUAGCCGGAGCUCGAUUAGAGUAUCUCCAUACCCAUUUUCUCCUGGGAUUCCUAUCCCAACGCAAAGUAGCAGAACCCGAUGAAGCCCUUUUGAGAACCUCGAGCGAAAUGCUCUCCAUUGUUGUGGAAACAAUUAUCCUUCGAGAUCGAAUGGCAAACUCGGGAACGUGCCUCAUCUGGAAGGUCGCUCAAUACGGAUUGCCAGCCGCCGGCAUCAUCUCUCUCGCCCUUCUCAACUCUACAGCUCCCGACUCCCGCCAAUUCUCCCGAUCCAAGAUGAUUCAGGCCCUCAGCGUUCUCGUCGCCGAAAUCACCAUCGGAGCGUGGAUCCAGCCUGGUGAACCAAAUUUUGCUCUCUUCUCGCAGGCGACGAGGACCAUCCAAAGCUUGCUCGACUCGCUCACCGCCCUCAAGGCGGCCUCAGGGGCCAGCGACUCGCAGCAACUGUUGAAUUCCGAUGUUGCUGAUAACUGGGAUCCUUAUAUCAACUCGCAGUCUUGGGAACUUGAGAUGGAUUUUUGGGCCAGUUUGGCCGAGCAUCCCACGCUAGUUAAUUGA